AGGGCCUGUGCACUCCUGAUUAUUUCUUCGUGGUAUUAUUAUUAUAAAGGCAAAAGGCCUAUAAGUCGGAGAUGAAAGUAAAACACUAAGGUGAUCUUUUGUUGGUUGAUAGUGUUUAUUAAUUAAUUAUCUGAAAUAAAAAUGGGAUGUUGUUAUAGUUUGUGUAAGGACGACGCAGGACCACAGAGUGAAGAUAGUGAGAGAACUCCCUUGCUAGUGGACCCUGUCAAUAGCACUACAAAUAUUCCCCGUAUUCACAGUGACGAUUAUGUUAAUCAGCACGUGAGUUCAGUUCCAAAAAAAACUGAUGAACAAAGCGCACUGAAUAGAAUACUACACGAAACGGCAGCGAAUAUAAUCGACGUCGGUGCUUUGGAUUCCCAUAAUAUGGAGCAACAUGAAAUCAGUGAAAGAUCCAGAGCCUAUGCGAAACGAUUAGAAGUCAUAGGAGUUAAAGUUCCUGAACGUUCUCUUUGUUUAUUGAAAGAUAUUCCCGUGCCAGAGAAAACUCUUUCUGCCGAACCUCUUGCCAUAGCAGACCAGGAAUUAAUUAGAGAUCUGCUGAAUAAGGCUGUGUCUGCAUUAGAUGACGUAAAAGUUGAGCACAAGGAAGAUUUAGUUGUGCCGUUUCUUUCGUGAUUCACCAAAAUUUGUUUUAAAGUAUCGCCUUUGAAUUUCAAAAGUUAUGUACAGUUAUGGCCAUAAAAUUUGGCUUUUAAAAAAAGUUCUAAAGUCUAUAGAACUUUAGGAAGCAACAUUUUUCUAAUCUAUAUUGUCUAUACAUUCUAAAUUGGCUUUACAGACAGUUUGUUCAAAACAUCAGAACAGGUUUAUUUUUGUUGAGAGAUUUUUUCUAGUAUAUAAGGAUAACUGUAAAAAUGCUGACAUCUUUUACUAAUAAUUAUACUAGUUUGGUAAGGGAAAUACAUUUGCGUGAAUAAACUUCUACUUAGAAAUACGUAUAUAUUAUUAAAUAUGCAUGUAUUAAAAAGAAUUUCAUAUUAAAUUAUAGAAUGUAAAUAUAUAUUGAUGUCACAGCUAUAAUUCAAUUCUAUUUUAUUUGAUAUAUCAAUUUUGUUAAAGAUUUAGGUGAUUUGUAAUAUUGUAAUAUUUAUAUUAUAGUAUAAUAUAAUGAUGACUAAGAUUAGGACGGACGUACAAAAAGAACAAAAACUCGACCUGCGCGGGUCGGGCUUGCGGGUUCGCGGAUUGUCACAUUGAUCCGUAAACCCGCACUCAAUCUACAAACUCCUACUAAUUGAAUUUAAGCAUGAAAAUGGAAAUAAAUCAUCAAAA